AUGAACGGCACGACGCAAAUGGAUGGCCCUGCGCAGGUCUCACAGUGCCCCAUUGCUCCAGGAGCCAAGUUUACGUACAACUUCACCCUCGACCAGCCGGGAACCUACUGGUACCACAGCCACACGCAUGGGCAGUAUCCAGAUGGCCUCCGCGCGCCUCUGAUCAUCCAUGAUCCUGACUUUCCCUACAAGGACAUGUACGACGAGGAAUUGGUGCUGACCUUCUCGGAUUGGUACCAUGACGAGAUGCCCGGUCUGAUCAAGUUCUUCAUGAGCAAGGCGAACCCCACGGGAGCCGAGCCGGUACCCAACGCCGCUCUGAUCAACGAGACGCAGAACCUCACCAUCUCUGUGGAGCCUGGCAAGACCUACUUGUUCCGAACCAUCAACAUGGGCGCUUUCGCUGGCCAGUAUGUGUGGUUCGAGGGCCACAACAUGACCAUUGUGGAGGUCGACGGCGUGUACACGCAGCCUGCCGAGGCGGAGAUGAUUUAUAUCUCGGCCGCGCAGCGAUGCAGCUUCCUUGUCACGACGAGGAAUGACACAUCUGCGAAUUUUCCUAUUGUUGGCAGCAUGGAUACUACACUCUUUGACACACUUCCUGAUGACCUGAACUGGAACGUCACAGGCUGGCUGGUCUACGAUGACAGCAAGCCAUUACCCGAUGCUGCGUUUGUAGAUGAUCUAGAUGGGACCGUGUAUGAUGACAUACAACUUGUUCCAUAUGACAACACUACCCUUUAUGGAGAGGCAGAUCAUGAGAUCCAUUUCCAGGUCAUCAUGGACAAUCUCAACGAUGGCGCCAACUAUGCCUUCUUCAACAACAUCACAUACGCCGCACCAACGGUUCCAACACUCUACACCGCGCUGACUAGCGGCGACUUGGCCACCAACGCCCAGAUCUACGGCACUUACACGCACAGCUUCGUCCUGGCCAAGGACGAGAUCGUCCAGCUGACCAUUGACAACCUGGACUCUGGCCGCCACCCCUUCCACUUGCACGGACACAAUUUCCAGGCCCUCUACCGAUCAGAGGACGACGAGGGCACCUUCGCCGACUCCAACAUCACCGAGGCCGACUUCCCCAAGAUGCCCAUGCGCCGCGACACGUUCGUGAUCCGCCCGAACGGCAACAUGGUGCUCCGCUUCAAGGCGAACAACCCAGGCGUCUGGCUCUUCCACUGCCACAUCGAGUGGCACGUCACGUCCGGGCUGAUCGCGACGAUGGUCGAGGCGCCGCUCGAGCUGCAGAAGACGCUCGAGAUCCCGCAGGGCCACUACGACGCCUGCGCCGCCGCCAACGUGCCCACGGCCGGCAACGCCGCCGGCAACACGGUCGACCUGCUCGACCCCAAGGGCGAGCCGCACCCGCCCGGCCGCAUCCCAGGAGGAUUCACUGCUCGCGGCAUUGUCGCUCUCGUCUUCAGCUGUAUCAGCGGCAUCCUCGGCACGGCCGUCGUCGCGUGGUACGGGAUGGCGGGUGAUGUGAGCGCGGCGCCGCCGAAGGAGAUUGCAGGCGCGGAGAAGGCGGGCGUCGUGCCUGCGAGUACGACGACUGCAGGAAACAACAACGGGACGGUCUCCAACGGCGAGGAGGUAGCGGCCACCACGUCAGGGGGCGGAGGAACGCGGACCUGA